AGCUUUUGAUAAUCAGUGGAGGAUUGAGCUUGGCUGUCGCGUGUACUUCGAAAAUGUUUUUAACGCGAUAUUGAUAUACUUUGAAUUAUACUAUUAUAUUAAAUCGCAUCGAAUAAUAGCUGAUUCAACAGAACGAACGAACGAUUUACGCUAGAGUUAACAGCUAAAUCGCUUUUCCAGAAAAUCUCGUGCUAUACGACUGAUUUCGUAUAGCGCGUGGUUAGCGUUCUGGUUUUGCGAACAUUCGAUUCUGUCACAAUGAAUAUGUGGUAAACAACCAAAUGGACUGAUUAAAUUCUUACGUUGCAACGACUAUUGUUAUCAGAUACAGCAGCGAUCAUAGCUUUCCUAAACUUUGUUCCGCUUUGAACCUGCAAUUUGUAAUACGAGCUGUAUAAAGCCGGAUUUACAUAACCUCAAAAGAGUAACUUAAUUUCGGACGUUCGAAAAGCGAUUGUAAAGAUCUCAAGGAAAAGAUGGUACCCCUUGGUCCUUUACCUGGUCAUCAUUCAACCAUGAAUAAUAGUAGCUCUAUGUCCUCCAGUGGCUCGAAAGGGAGCUCUGCUCUGAAACCGAAUUACACACUUAAAUACACGCUUGCUGGACACACAAAAGCUGUGUCUUCGAUUAAAUUUAGUCCCAAUGGCGAAUGGUUGGCAAGCUCGGCUGCGGAUAAACUCAUAAAAAUCUGGGGUUCUUACGAUGGGAAGUUUGAAAAAACUAUAGCUGGUCAUAAACUAGGAAUUUCUGAUGUAGCAUGGUCGAGCGACAGCAGACUUCUGGUUUCCGCAUCAGAUGAUAAAACUCUUAAAAUAUGGGAGUUGAGUUCGGGUAAAUGUUUGAAGACUUUGAAAGGGCAUAGUAAUUACGUAUUCUGCUGCAACUUCAAUCCUCAAUCAAAUCUCAUUGUUUCCGGAUCGUUUGACGAAAGCGUCAGAAUUUGGGACGUCAGAUCAGGCAAAUGUUUGAAAACGCUACCAGCGCACUCGGAUCCUGUUAGUGCGGUUCAUUUCAACAGGGAUGGCUCUCUCAUAGUUUCCAGUAGUUACGACGGUUUGUGUCGAAUUUGGGACACUGCUUCCGGUCAAUGUCUCAAAACUCUCAUAGAUGAUGACAAUCCACCCGUUUCUUUUGUUAAGUUUUCGCCCAAUGGAAAAUACAUACUAGCAGCAACACUCGAUAAUACCCUUAAAUUGUGGGAUUAUAGUAAAGGAAAAUGUUUGAAAACUUAUACAGGACAUCGUAAUGAGAAAUAUUGCAUAUUUGCAAAUUUCUCUGUGACCGGUGGAAAGUGGAUCGUUUCGGGCUCUGAAGACAAUAUGGUUUACAUUUGGAAUCUCCAAACUAAAGAAAUCGUUCAAAAAUUACAAGGACACACGGAUGUUGUUUUGUGCACCACUUGCCAUCCUACAGACAAUAUAAUUGCUUCAGCUGCUCUCGAAAACGACAAAACAAUAAAAUUAUGGAAAAGCGACACAUAGAGAAAAUACGAUAUAUAAGUUUGUUCCGACGGCUGUCAUAUGUUUCCUGUACAAAUUAUUGAUAUCCUAAAAAAACGAGAGAGAAAAGAAGAAAAAAAUAUGACGAAUGACACAGCAAUGCCCGAAUGUAAAGAUGUGGAGAUUUUAUUUUCGUAUAAGAAAUAAAUAGCAUCUGUUUUUUAGAGGCAGAUGCAAAGAUGGUA